AUGGGACUUGUAAUUGAUCAGAAGAAGAAGAAGAAGAAGAAGAAGAAGAAGAAGAAGAAGCGAUCUCUGGAACAAGAGCUUUAUUCGCCUGACGUUUUGGAUUUUCACUUGAACCCAUCAUCAGAGAACGUGGCAGAAAAGGGUGAUUCGUGCACAGGAGUUGUAAUUAUCGUCGUCAUCGUCACUGUGGAGUUCGCGACAGAGAUUAUGGAGAUGGCAGUGAUCGACGGCGUCGGGGAACAGGAAUGUCGAGCAUCGAUUGUGAGGGUGGUUGUCGCAGUGGACGCCGUGGGGGUUGAAAGGAGGGGCAGUCGAGUAGGCAGCAGUUGGGGUUGA